AUGCUUGUCAAGACCAUUGCCUCUCUCGCUGCCAUCAGUGGCAUUGCUGCCGCCGCGGGCCCCGUCCGCGCCUCCGUCCCUACCAACGUCGACGGCGCCAAGUACAACAAGCCCAAUGCCGGCCCCCCGGGCGACUGGUUCGCCGGCGACUCGUCGCUGCCCAUCAGCAAGAUUGCCUCGGCCGUCUCCAAGAUGACACAGACACCCAAGGAUGCCAGCUACAUUCUCAGCAACGACAACCACAAAAAGGCCACCAUCCACAGCGACUGGGCCAAGUUGUCCAAGGGAGCUGCAUAUGCAUUUGUCGCCGACAUGGACGUUGACUGUGACGGAAUCGACCAUGCCUGCAAGGGUAAUGACGACGGCGAGCCACACACCAACUUUGGUGCGCUUGCUGCCUACGAAGUCCCCUUUGUCGUCAUCCCCGACAAGUUCCAGGGCGAGCACCAGGACGAGCUCGCCGGCAACAACCUCGUCGCCGUUAUUUGCAACGGAAAGCUAUACUAUGGUGUUUUUGGCGACACCGACGGCGACACGCCCGAGGAGAUUGGCGAAGCGUCCUGGCUCAUGGCCAACACGUGCUUCCCCAGCGAGGGCCUCAAUGGCGGCAAGGGACACACUGAUGCCGACGUCACCUACAUCUUCUUCACCGGUGAUGACUCGGUUCUGCCCAGCAACGCUAUUGGCAAGAAUUACCUCACCAACUUUCAGGCUCUCAAGAACCUGGGGGACAAGUUGAUGAAGGACCUCGUCUCCAGCCUGCACCUGUAG